CACGCGCGCGCGCGAUUGUUUAUUUUGAAUUAUUCAUGUUUAUAUCUUCAGGUUUUACGUGUACGACGUUAUUUAUUUAUUGUAUUCUUUUACUUCUUGUUUAAAAUUAUGAGAUUUGCUCUUUUUAUUGCUUCUGCUCGGUCUGUAAGUGUAAAAACUGGCACAGUGCACGCGCACGUCGCUCAACUUCCUGGUGCUUUUUAUUCUUCUCUGCUGCUCUUACAAGCCCCGCCCACUGGGGGGGGCAGAGAGAGAGAGCGAGAGAGAGAGAGAGAGAGAGAGAGAGAGAGCGCACACUGACGGUACAGCUCUCCGUAUGAGACGUGCGUUUCGUCCUCGCGUCCAAGACAAACCGUGCCUGCGGGGGAAGAAAAGGAAGACGUGUCCGGUCCAUGCGCGUCCUCUGUCCUCUGUCCUCUUCUCCGGAGAUUCGCAGACACGUCGUUGACACGCUCAUGCUGGAACGGGAGUACGACUUGAGCGGACGGCGCCGUGGGAGAAACCGGAGGACCGCAGGCUAUUCACAGGAUCCAUGGAGAAAAGUUUAGGCAUGAUGCCGGAACCGGAAGAGACUGGAGCUAAAGUAUUGGGAAGCCUGACCAUGGGGGACGAGGAGAUCGCGGAUCGCCGACUCGGGCUCGUGGACAAGAUCCCGUUAGUGAAACCCUAUUUCAAGAAGAAACACGCGCAAAGGAAACUGGACGCCAAGUGCUUACGGGCUCUCGAGGACCCGAUUCUGAGCACGAUACUCGGAUCGGACGACCUGGUGACCGGAGAUGGCAUUUUCGUGCCACGGAAUCCGCCGCCGGCGUCCGCGCAGCAGAGUCUUAUAUGCGCCGCGGCCGUGGCGGAGGAGGCGCGCGCUGACGCGACGGCAGAGGAGCUCACGGCGGGCGAUCAGAAAGCGACUGGCGCGACGAGAGACUCCAGCGAUGCGUCUUCGCGCGACCCUGCGACGGCGGCGCAGCGCAGCGCACUCGAGGCAGUGGAGAAGGCGGCGAACGGCUCCGAGUCGUCCGCCGCCGCGCGCGGCGUCAACGGAGAGCUUUUCCGCGACAAGAGUGACGAGGCCUCUUUGGAUCUAGUGUUUGAGCUGCUUAUGCAGCUGCAGUAUCACACGCGCCAGGACGACGCCGUGCACAUCUGCGUGGAUUUCUUGCGCGGCGCGUGUCUGUGCGGCAGCGAGUGCCCGAGGCACCACACCGCGCUGCCCUACCACUGGCAGAUCCGGCGUGCGGACACGUUUGUGUGGCAGAGUGUAGCCGAGGACGCGCAGGAGCAGCUGGAGAGACUCUACUGCAACCCGGACAAUGAACAAAUCCGGCUUAAGUUCCUAGCGCGUUCUCUCCGUCCCCGAGUUCAGGAACUUCACCAAACCGUCCCAGCACUGCUCAUGCUUCUGAGUAUCUUGCAGAGGAAGCGAGAGAACUUUGAAACUCUGAAGCGCUGAAAGGAAACAAAAAAGGGGAAGCUGGGAGCGUCGGGGUCGACUCCUUCGCUCCCUCUGAUCUCCUCAGGAGGAAGAGAGGAAAGCCCUGAACACUUCCCGAGCAGCUCUCAUUCACACACUUUUAUUCCUCUCAUCACCUUUAACAACACCGUCAGGUCGGCGUGGAGCUGGUCAUGUGACCGACUCGACUUUAGGGAGCUGAUGUUGUUUAAUAAACCAUCACAUGAUCCUCAGAGUGUUAACUGAAUAACUUAUUAAUAACGUAUUAGUAACUAAUUAAAUCAGGAGUGUAAUCGUGU